ACCGGACAACUCUUUUCAAAGAGAGUUACAUGUUUUGAUAGUUGAAUUUUGUUUACUGUAUGUGGCUUUACACGACAUGUAUAAAUAUAACAGCAUGGCUAAUUGGACAUACUUAUGUGGAAGAAGACGUUAAACACCAAGAACUACUACUACUAAUUGGACAUUAUUAUUUCAAAUUAUAUUAUCAUCAUGGGUCGAAAACGAAAGAGCGAGUUGAAUAGCGGCGCUUCUAGGGUGAGAAAACUGUCUGCUGUUUUUUCGUUACCACCGCCGAAGUGUUCUAAAAAUAACGAAGAGUCUGACGUUGGCUCCUCUAGACGAAAUGAAAUUGACACUACGAUUAAUGAUUCAGAUGCUGUUACCGUGACGGUACCCGAAAUCAACAAUAGGCCUAUUGUAGGCCUACACGCGAAACGAAAAUUCAAAGAAAACUGGAAAUUUGGCAAUCCUUGGCUGAGAUUUGACGUAUACGCAGAAAAUAUUUUGUUCAAUACGUGAAAAUUCGAAAGUCAGCAAUAGUUUUACAUCUGGGUGUAAUGUUCUGAAGAAAGAAAGUAUAGCGAUGUUCGCCAGAACCGGAUGUGACGUCACGCGAAAUAACUGGUUGGCAGAAUUUGGUUCCAGCCAGCGCGGAUUAUAGUAAAAAUGGCUGACACGUGCGGUAAUGUAAUGUUUGGCACUUACACAUCAGCGUAUUUCCAGUCUUCGGCGUUAGAUGCUAAACAUAGAUAUAAAAGUAAGUUAUCUUACGACUCGGAAACGAAGUUUUUGCCAGAUCCAUAGAGUUUGAAAGACAAAUGGAGCGGAGAUCCGAACACAUGGCCGGACCUGACUUUUGGUGACAUUUACCUCUACCUGAUUGAUACGCCAUCAUUGUACACUAAAGAAUCUAUGAAAGCUUAUAAAUCAUUAGAGGCGUAUAAAUUCUAGCAAGAAACCUAUCCGACCUUGACCCCAGAUCGACUAGUAUUUUGACAGACGUUUUACUGAUAACACAGUAUAUACACCUGGUGGAUUUAACUGGAAAAAACUUUAAUAAUUCUGACAAUCGGGCCAAUUGAUAAAAACACAAGAUUCUAAAAAUGUUGGAAACGUAUUUGAAACAGAUCCCUUUGUCUUUAACAACUCAAGCUUUGUUGCUCGGGUUAACUGUUGGUUUGGUUACAUAUUACACAUUUGGGAAGAAAAAAUAUAAAUUACCACCAGGACCAUGGUGCCUUCCAUUGGUGGGGAACAUCAUAGCAAUGAAUUCCAACAUACCUUUUUAUAGAACAUUAUUGGAUUUGAAAAAGAAAUAUGGACCAGCAGUCACAGUUUAUAUGGGACCUAUUAGAUGUAUUAUGUUGAACGAUGCUGAAACUGUAAAUGAAGCAUUGGUAAAGAAAGGAGCAGAUUAUGCUGGCAGAUUUCCAAUUUAUUCUAUUGGGGUUAUUACUGACGGUUACAAAGAUAUUGUCUUCGCCGAUGUUUCUCCAGCCUGGAAACACCUUCGUAAAAUUGCUCUUCAGGGUUUGAGACAAUAUUUAUAUGGUAGUAAACUAGAAGAGAAAGUAUUUGAAUCAACAUCUAAAGUUAUGAGAAGAUUAAAAGAAGAAGAAGGUAAACCUAUUGAUAUACAGAAAUAUGUUGGAUUGUUGGUGUGUAAUGUAUUUCAUGGUGUCUGUUUUAACAAAAGCUUUGAUAUCGAUGACAAGUACUUUUUAAAACUAUUAGAUAUGUUUGAGACAACAAACAGCGAAUUUGGAAAUGGAUUCUGGGAAGAUAUCAUACCACCACUUCGAAAAUGUCCAACCUCUAAAUUCAAACGACUCACGAAAAUAUUCGCAAAUUUUUUAGAUUUCAUUAGAAAUGAGUUUGAGACCCACAAAGCUAAUUUUUCAGAAGAUGAUAUGAAAGAUUUCGCGGAUUAUUUGAUACAUGCUAGAAGACAAGCCAUACUGGAAGGUCCAGAAAUAGAAAAUAUUAUCACAGAUGAACAUCUGGUACAUACAUGUUCUGAUAUUUACUCAGCUGGAAUUGAUACAACUCGACAAACUAUCAUCUGGACUAUUAUGUUGUUAGUAGCACACCCAGAAAUACAGAAAAAAGUUCAAGCUGAAUUAGACCAAGUUAUAGAUGCCGGACAAGCCCCCACUUUAAAUGACAGAGAGAAGAUGCCAUAUACAGAGGCUGUUUUGCAUGAGAGUAUGAGAUUGUGUACAAUAGCUCCUUUGGGAUUGCCUCAUGCUACCCGGUGUGACACAACUCUUGGUGAAGAUGAAAUCCCUAAAGGAACAAUGGUUAUGGUAAAUCACUGGGCACUUCACAACGACCCGGAGCAUUGGAAAGAUCCCGAAAUAUUCAGGCCGGAACGCUUACUGGACGCUGAUGGUAAAUUGGCACCAAAGACCAUGUCAUGGUUGCCCUUUUCUGCUGGACGUAGAAAUUGUUUGGGUGAAACUAUUGCUAGACCCGAGAUGCAUUUGAUGUUAGCUAUUCUGUUGAGGAAUUUUACGUUCCGAUCCCCAGAAGGAAAGACCAUUGACUUGACACCAGAGGGUUCCUUGGUGUUUUUACCACGAAAAUCAGAAAUGAUCGCAGAAGAGAGAAAAUAAACCAUCUCCGGAGUCUUUAUGUGUCUGAAUAGAUUUCUUCACUUUUAUUCUGUUCUUCGCUUAUGUAUAAUUUCAUAAAAUAUAGAAAUAUUGUGACCAUUAAAUCAUAGCUUAAUUAUUAUAUUUUGAAAUAGUUUGAUACCAAUUAGUCUCUAUCAUCCAGACUAACUGUAGUAGAUUUGAUUAAUCCACUAUGGUGGUUUUCGUGGACUAUGAUAUGUAACAUUAUUGUUUUGCAUCAUGUUUGAUAUGUUUAUACAUAAUAAUAUAUACUACUGAUACAGCUGUAGAUGUGCGCGCUGCGCAGUAUCAUACAGUCUGUCAUUGAGUCAACUGGCGGGGUUUCGAUUCACCGGUUGUACGUGACAGGAAUAGGGUCGCCUGUCCAACCUCCUGGGUUUUCUCCGGGUCCUCCGGUUUCCUCCCACUGCUAAAGACCCCUAUGCGCAAGCGAAUUAUUAUUGAAAUAAAAUUAAACCAUGUGUUUGUCCCGAAAUGACCUAGUUUGUGUCGAGUGGACGUGAAACCCCAUUUCUCUCUCUCUCUCUCUCUCUGGGAGCCACGGUGGCUAGGUGGGUAAGGCGCUGGCUCGCUAGCCUGGAGGUCGGGUGUUCGAUCCCUGCAUUGGCCGAGAAAGUUCAUCCCGAUUUUCCGACAUGGUUUCCCCUUGUCAGUGAUGCAGGACGGAGGGCCUGACAAGGACAGCUGUCUAGUCCUUCGGAUGAGACGAAAAAGCGAGGUCCCGUGUAAACAUAGGAAUGCACGUAAAAGAUCCCUUGGCAGUUGGAAUUAGAUAUAAGAGUAGGCGAUAGUGCCGCUGCCCGGGCAAAAUUUCCCUCAUAGCACACUGCAGUAUGGCGUAUGCCCGUUUUCAUUAGCCCAGUAUAGGAGCAGAACAGUAGGAGUUAAACCCCAUUUCAUUUCAUUUCUCUCUCUCUCUCUCUCAGCUGUAGAUAUUUCACUACUAUGGGGACCAGAAGUAUAUAUUUCAUAUUUCGACACCUCUUUCUUAUAUUAAUUAAAUUUGUUCAGCUUAUAAUUAAUUGUUAAUCAACAUUAAACAUUGAAUGUUAAUAAUCGAGUUAAUAUCCAACGGUUGUAUGUUCUAUUAAAUAGAGUUUAAGCUGGCAAUUAGUUCGUUAUAAAAUAUUGAAGUGUAAUUUUUGUAUGCUAAACUUGUAUAUUGUGAUCAGCCCUAUCCGUACACCGGUCUGAUCGCAUUUCUCUUCGGAUACAAGAAGGAAUCCAUUGCAUUGAUUUACCGUUAAGUUCUCUCAGGCAACGUUGUAAUCAUUUUUUAUCUCAGAGUAGGGAGGUGGUGGGGUUAUAGAAAUUAUUGCAUCCAUCGAUUCUAACAUCAGAUUUUAAAUCUGAUAAUCAGGUUGGGUGUCAUAGUAAGAAACACAGCACAUUGUCAAUAGAGAAUGUACAGAUGAGAGCGGCCAUCACGUCCCAGGAUUAUCAAACCCACGCUAUCAGGAAAGAUAAAAACAACUCAAACUACCAACGCAACUGGAGAGUUCUCCCCAACUGAGGCAAGGCAAUACCUCCCUCACACAAGGUAGACGACAUCGCUAAGCGGAAAUGGAACUCCACAAACGGCCAUAUCCUCUCCCCCAAAAUGCUUGAUCUCCUCCUCUACUGAUAGAUCUCACCAACUGGUCUGAUCUCCCCAACUGGCCUUAUCUCCCCACUGGCCGGAUCUCCCAAACUGACUCGAUCUCCUCCUCCCAAUAGCCCAGUCUCCUCCUGAACUGGCCUGUUCUCCCCAACUGACGCAAUAUACACGCAAACUGAGUUACAUGUAAUCUCCCAAAUGGUCAGACCGUCACCUCACCAGUGAAAUAUAUACCAGAACUCAAUUAGUGACAUGGUCUCGCCAAUGACCUGAUCUCCUUCCCAAGUUCUCCUCCUCAACUGGCCUGAACUCCUUCCCAACUGGCCUGAACUCGUUCUCAACUGACAGAUCACUCAAACGGGCAAAAAUUAACAACGCUAUCAUGUGUAUGCCUAUUAACUAGAAAAGACUGAUAGAGGGGGAGAAAUUGGGUUUAACGUCCACUCGACACAAACUAGGUCAUUUGGGGACUAACACAUGGUUCAAUUUUAUUUCAAUAAUUUGCAUGCGCGUAUGGGUCUUUGGUAGUGAGAGGAAACCGAAGAAAACCAACAAAGUUUGACAGACGACCCUAUUCCUUUUCAC